CACGACUUUUGCCAGCCGUCUUUCCCACACACACAUCCUGCCCUGAAGUUUCCCUCAUGAUUCUCUCAUCCAAGAAGUUACCCGAGCUCUGGGACUACUUUCUGAUUUACGUCUCCGGAGCCUUAGAGUUUAAUCCUGACUGCAACGACAUAGACCUGGGACUGUUUCCCCUCAGGAUGAACCCCACCAUUAAGACCAGGACAUUAAUGGGUCCUUACGGAGUAGACAGAGCUGUUCAUUCCAUGGAGUUCACUGACUGUGAGAAUGGCCUGGGGAUCAAAGUGAUUGGUGGAGUGAAGGAGCAGACCGGGGAGGAGUUUGGAGUCUACGUCAAACGGAUCUUACCAGGAGGCCUUGCAUCGAACGAUGGAAACCUGUUGCCGGGGGACCAGAUCUUGGAGGUGAACGGGGACAGUCUUGUAGGAGUCACAAGUGAAAGAGCUGUGGACGUCUUGAGAGCAGCUUCUGCAACCAAUCACAUGCGCCUCCUCAUAGCCAGAGAUGAGGAAGCAAAGAGAGAGUUUGCUGAGUUGCUGGAGAAGUACGGCUCUAAUGGAAGCACAGGAUCCACUCGCAACUCCCCCAUUCAGCAAGCCACGCUGACAUGUCAGAAAUUCCCCCAGACGUCAGAGGGCCGGUCAGGAGGAGCUGAUGGGGCCGUGACCGGCCCUUGUUCCUCCCUGUACACUGCAGCACGGCACAUGGCGCCGGACGAAGCUGAAAUUCAGUCCGACCCUAAAACGAAUCAUGCGGCUCAAGAACCUGGAGGCCGCUACCUGGAGAGCACUUCCUCUGGCUCCUCGUCCCGCUCCCAGAGUCCUUUGCUGCUGAGCCCAGCUGGCACUCAGAACAUGUACAACACAAGCGGGCCCAUGCUGCGCUCCCUCAGUCAUCCAGGGGAAGGAGUGAUUCAGCUGAUCUCAGUGGCGCGAUCCAGCAGUCUGGGCAUCACCAUCGGAGGAGGCUCCAACAAACCUGACGGCCCCGCGGUCUUCAUCCAGGAGGUGCUGUCAGGAGGAGACUGUCACCGGGAUGGACGUCUGCGGCCUGGAGAUCAGCUCAUUGCUGUUAACAAGGAGUCCUUGAUAGGUGUGACCCACGAGGAGGCCAAGAGCAUGCUGAACAAAGUCAAAUUCAGCCAGGAGAGUGUUGUGGAGAUAGCCUUCAUCCCGGGGAAAGGACUUUUUCCGAGCAGCACAUCUCUCCACAACGGGGUGCAGCGGGCUGCAGGCAACAGCUACAACUCCGGACGCUUAAAAGUCCACAUCAGAUCUCCUGAGAUGUGUGCAGAGGAGCCAGCCCCGGUGUCCUCUCCGUCACCUGACAUCUGCCCUCCAGAUAUUCAUAUUUCAGGUUCCACAAGUCAGAGUUCGCCAACUGGGGCCAAACCUAAGAUAACACUGGACCCCUACAUCCGCCUCAAAUCAGACAAGUUAGACUUGGCUUUGACCUUCCUCGGUUUGGAUGUCACAGAAGAAAAGAGGAAGAAACUGAGACAAAGCCUGACCGCAGACCCACAAGGCACUGUGGCCUAUGGAGACUUCGUGGAGGCCACCCGCAACAUCUUCCAGGAGAACCUGGAGGAGCUGGGUUUGGGGGCAGAUCCCUUCAUGUUCUCCUAUCACGAAGCAGCCAGUUUGAUGGACACAUCCGCCUUCCACUCCCCCACGUAUGAAUCAGAGUGCAGCUACAGCAGCGAGGAGAUGGAGCAGUUUCAGACGGAGGUGAAGCAGCUGCACACCCAGAUGAAGCAGCUCAAGGUGAUGCUGAAGGACAUGGAGCACAGCAAGAAGACUCUGGAGGAGGAGCUGCAGAAGACCUCAGAGAAAGCAGGUCUGACUGUGGAGGAGAACGCCCGUCUGAAGACCCGUCUGCAGGCAGCUGAGGCCGAGGCCGGGCAGCGGCAGGCGGGGGGGCAGGCCGGGGGGCAGGCGGGUGGGCAGCGGCAGGCCAGCAGUGCUGAGCAGGACUAUGAGGAGGUGAUACAGCUGCUGGAGGCUGAGAUCAGAGACCUGAAGAACCAGCUGACCAGCAAGAGGCAAGCCCGAGGACUGGAGUCCACUAAGGAGGAUGUGCAGGAGCUCAACAGGAGGAUGACUACUAUCGACGGCCAGCUGAGGAAGUCUGAGCAGAGCAGGAAACACCUGGAGGUCUCCAACAAGAAGCUGCUGGGUUUCGCUCAGAACGUCCACAAAGUGCUGACCACACCCAGCCUGUUUGGAGGAGAAGGCGGGAGCAGCAGGUCCUCUCCAGCCACCGACAGCCCAGACACCCCCUCCCCCCUACCUGACACCGCCUUCCAACUGGCUGUGGAGGCCAAGGAGCUGGUGGCAGGAGUAAGCGCCCCCCCGGAUGACCAAGUGUUGGAGGCAGCAUCAGCCCCAGAUGCCUCCCCUCCUCACAUGUGAGAGCAGCACAGAGCCAGAGAGCAUUGUGGGAGGACCGGGGGCAGGCUGAACCCAACAGACUGGACACACCAGACCAUCCUCUCUGCAGCCCAUCCAGACCCCCUGAGAUGGAACAGCCCAUGUUUAAUGCCAAAGCCUGCCUGCACUGAAAAUGAGUGUCUUGUUUUGAAAUAUUACAGAGGGGUCCGCAGCAGGGGGGUGUGGCACUCUUUUCAUUUGUUCAUAAUAUCUGUACAGGAGUCUCUGUGAGAAGUGCUCUGCCAAAUAUAACGUCAGCCGGAUUUCUGCAGGUGACUCUGACAGCAGGUGGUGUUGGGGGGGCUGCAUGUCCGAGCCCACAACACACACACGCUGCUGUAAACCUUGUAGAUACUCCUCCCGCACCACUUUUCUAACCUGCCCCCACACCCAAAUUCACUCCAGGGAUUGCAUGUAAAGGACUCGUCAGCUUGGAGAGGACGAUCCACCGCUGGUCUGUUCAAAGAGUGUCCCUCUGUCCUGAUACCUGUCUUCAUCAGAACAGUGAGCAAAAAGUAAAAUACAGCGGUCCCUGUCUCCUCCUCCUCCUCAUGCCCCUGUUCAUUAAAGAAAGGUAGAGUGUGGAGAGACCAGGGACUGGAGCAGAGUGUGUGGCUUCAUACUGCAUGGUUGCUGUGGAUGUGUGUGAGCUGCUGUGUAAACCUGUGUUUGGUAGUCACACAUCAUAGGCUACACGUGGAACAUACAUCUGAUUUAUAAGGACGGCUUUUAAAGAUACGGAGCUGUCCUGUACUUCAACAAGAUGUGUCUCUGAUGUGGCCUCAUAUCUUUCUGUUACUGUUUUAUAAUAAACGACUAACUGCUGAGU